UGCUCCUAAGAGUCCGGGAGUAUCGGCAGUAUCAUGCGUUUCCAAACUUCUCUUGCAAAUGAGCCACAACAUAAGGACGUAGUGACAUGUGUUACGUGGAAUACUACCGAAGAAAUUUAUUCCUGUGGGGAUGAUCACGUUCUUCUGAAGUGGAAUCUCAUCACAAAUGAAACAACAAAAGUUACCGACUUUCCAAAUGACUUUUAUCCAACUGAUCUACAUUAUUUUCCAAAACUGCAGUCAUCUAUCAAAAAACAAGGACUGGACAUUUUACUUAUAAGUACAGCAGAUGGUAAAUUCCAUUUGGUCAACAAAAAUGGAAGAAUAGAGAAAUCAGUUGAUGCUCACAAAGGAGCCAUUUUUAGUGCUCGUUGGAGCUAUGAUGGUGCAGGGCUUCUAACAGCUGGAGAAGAUGGCCAAGUUAAAGUGUGGUCACGUAGUGGAAUGCUUAGGUCAACUGUCAUGCAUACUGACUGCCCUGUUUACUGUGCCUUGUGGAGUCCAGAUUCAAAUCAGAUUUUAUACACCUCAGGCAAGAACUUAACCAUUAAACCACUGGCACCAAACAACAAGCCCCUCAAGUGGAAAGCACAUGAUGGAUUGAUUCUGAAGGCUGCAUGGAAUUCUAGCAACAAUCUCAUAGUCUCAGGUGGAGAAGAUUGUCGAUAUAAGGUGUGGGACACAUAUGGAAGACAGCUGUACUGCAGUUCAGUUCACGACUACCCAAUUACAUCUGUUUCAUGGACACCUGAAGGAGACUUAUUUGCUGUUGGUUCUUUCAAUACCCUGAGACUGUGUGACAAAUGUGGAUGGUCCUAUUCUUUGGAGAAAGUCAGAACUGGAAGCCUAUUUAAUAUAUCUUGGUCAAGUGAUGGAACCCACAUUGCAGGUGCCUGUGGAAACGGGCAUGUAAUAUUUGCUCACACUGUUGAGAGGAGGUUGGAAUGGAAGAAUUAUGAAGCAACGGUCACUGAUCGUAAAUCAAUUUCAGUUCAUAAUGUGAGUGAUGAUACUUGGGAAAAACUUGAAUUUCCAGAUCGAGUGAUAAGAUUAUCUUUUGGAUAUAACCAUUUGGUAGUGAUCACACCCACACAGUGCCAUAUUUACAGUACAAAGAAUUGGAAUACGCCAGCCAUUUUUGAUCUACGAGAGGGAACAGUGUCUAUGCUGCUACUUGCCGAAAGACACUUUGUUAUUGUUGGAAAGUCAUACUUCACAUUACAUGGUUAUGAUGGUCGAUUGCUGUGCUCUCCAAAAUGGGGAGGAAUGCAACCAGAAACUCUUAGCCCCAUGUUUGUCAGCACUAGCUGUGAUACACUGGCUGUCAGAGAUCAAGUGGAUGAUAGGGUCUUGCAUCUUUUUGAAAUAGGAAGUACUCGUUCUAUAGCAGAACUUCCAACUAUUUCACAUAGCAUGAGUGUCAUGGAGAUUGCCUUGAAUCAAGCGGGAUCUUCACUGAUGAGACAGCUUGCCAUUAUUGACAAAAAUCGUGAUUUGUAUGUGUCAACCAUAAGAGGCAUGGCAACACGGAAACUAAGAAAACUUGGAUCAAUGGUCCAAUGUCUGAGGUGGAAUUGUGAUGCCAACAUUUUGGCUGCCAUUCAAGAUACAAGACUGUCUGUCUGGUAUUAUCCUCCUGUUUUGCACAUUGAUAAGAGGCUUGUUAAGAAGACAGUGUUAGUAAAAGACAUCAGUGAAUUUGGAAAAACCCCAGUGAUUGUUAGUUUUGUAGGGAACCAUUUAGGCAUCAGACGUACUGAUGGCUCUUUGGUUAACUGCAGUAUUUCACCCUAUCCAUCAGUUCUGCAUAACUAUGCUGCUUCUUCUAAUUGGAGUGAUGCUUUGAAACUAUGCCGACUUGUCAAGGAUCCAAUUUUAUGGGCUUGCCUUGCUGCUAUAGCAACACAUGCCAAAGAGUUAAAUACAGCUGAAGAAGCAUAUGCAGCUAUUGAUGAAGUGGAUAAAGUUCUCUAUAUCCAACGUAUUAAGGAAAUCCCAGUUGCAGCUGCUAAAGUAGCUGAAGUGUCACUGCUUGCUGGAAGUACACAAGAUGCCGAAAAUACACUACUGCAAAAUGGACUGAUAUACAGAGCUAUUAUGAUGAAUAUUGAUUUUUAUAAUUGGACAAGAGCAAUGGAACUGGCUAUAAAGCAUAAAACACACAUUGAUACUGUGUUAUACCACCGUCAAAAAUACUUAAAUGACUUUUCUAAAACUGAAACACUAGAAAUGUUCCUGCAGUUGCAUAAUGAGGUUGAGAUUGAUGAGGAGAAAAUCACAGCAAAAGAACGGAUGGAGCUUGAAGCUGAGCAGCAGAAUUACUCCAUAAAAUAAAGUUCCUGUUGUGAAGCAACUUGGUCCCAUUACAUGAAGCACCAUGGCAUGUUGUAACACUGUGUUUGUAAUAAGGAGUUCAAAAUUUCCUCCUUUACUAGUAGUUUAUUUCUAACUUAUACCAACAUUAUUGUAAUGCAUGUUAGAAGCUUGUAGCAGGCAUAA